AUGUUAGAAGUUGAACUUCAUACAAUUGUGGAUGGACUCCAAUUGGCAUGGGAGCAAGGGGUGCGUUGUUUGGUUAUUGAGAGUGAUAGUAAAACAGUGAUGGAUUUAAUACUUAGGAAUGAGAGAGGGGGAAGCUCUUGGUUGGGGUUGGAGAUUUGUAAUUGGAUGGCGAAGGAUUGGUAUGUUAAGCUUCGGUUUGUGCCAAGAACAACAAAUAUGACAGUUGACGCUAUAGCUAAGGAGGUUAGGAGGCACACAAUGGGGUUUCUUUUCUUUGCUCAUCUGCCUACUGCCUCCGAAGGUUCCAGAUGUGAUCAUACAAGAUAA